GGGGCUGGGAACCAGCUCUCAGCACGCGGGUCCCUCCCAGGCACGCGGGCUCCCGACCAGACCCGGCCGGCACUGCGGCCCCGCGCGCGCCCGUGUCCCGCCGCGCUGCGCGCCGCCGGGUUGCCGUGGGAACCACAGAGCGCGGCUGCGCCCGCAGACCAGCCUGUGUCUGAGGGGCAAGGGACACUGAGGUCGGCAUGGAGCUGCCGGAUCCGGUUCGCCAGCGGCUGGGGAACUUCAGCCGGACCGUGUUCAGCGACUCCAGCCGGACAGGGCCGGAGUACAGUGAGGGCCCGGAUAAUGAGAUGGUCUCCAGUUUGGCAUUGCAGAUGUCACUUUAUUUUAACACUUACUUUUUCCCACUUUGGUGGGUAAGCUGCAUUAUGAUGCUUUACAUAAAGUAUUCAGUUUUGCCUGAUUACUACAAAUUCAUUGUGAUCACUGUUAUCAUCCUAAUAACCUUAAUUGAAGCCAUCCGGUUGUAUCUGGGCUACAUGGGUAACCUGCAGGAAAAGAGUUGUGUCUGCCAAGGACCUGACUACUCGAAUCCACACGGACUAGGGCUCCAUCUCACCAGGACUGGGGAGAUGCCGCGAGCAAAGAAAUUUCAUGGUGUGUGUGGAGAAUACCAAGCUGUGUGUGUGAUGCCCAAGGACAAGUUGAAAGGAAGAGUGAAAAGGAUGAGGCUAAAGAGGUAAGCAAGGCCAGAUCCUGGGAUGUGGAGAAUGGCAGGAGUGACCAAGGCUAGGCAAAGAAUUAUUAAGUGGUAUUGAGACUACUGAGGGUGGAGACCAUGAGUGUGUGCAGCUAUUCCAGCCUACACAAUUGGGUCAUUUUCUAUAGCCAUCUGGAUAUCCCUGGACAGAAGAUAGAUAGUUAAGUUGAGCCAAAGUUGGGAGUAUAUGGGGCAAAUGCAGUGGAGGAACAACAGUACAGAGAUUUUCAAAUGUUGUUGAGAGUGGCAUAAGGAAUGAACCAUGAACUUUCUAAAGGGUAAGUGAAACCACGAACAGUAAUCAGCUGAAAGGGUGGAACAGAAGUCUUCACGAGGUAGAUGGCAAGUUUGAAUAUUUGUUUCCCACUAUAGUCACUAAGCAUCUUGGAGACGGGCCAGGUCUUAAUUCCCAGUAUCUCCAGUAUCGUAAGACAGUGCUUAUGCAUACAGUAAUGUUGACGUUGAAGGCACUUAAUAGUGCUGACUGAAUGCACAGAUGAAGGAAUAGACAAGCUGUUAGGACUCAGAGCUUUUGCCUCCUGUUCUUAAUAGAUAAACUCCCUACAAAAUAGAAAUGCCACAUUUACUCAUAUAUGAAUCUUUGCAGUGUGAAAAAGAAUCCUAAUUUUAAAACCAAUAAUCACUCUUAUACUAAGAUAAACUUUCAAAUUUGGCUAGAGUCCCAAGCACCAUUUAAUUCAACACCUGCUAUGUACCAGAUGUGCUGGGGCUUCAUCAGUAUCUCAUCCAACUCUCACAGAAACUCUGUAACACAGGUACUAUUCUCACUUUACAGAAGCUAAAACUGGGGCUCAGAAGAGGUUAAGGAACUUCCCCAGGGUCACACAGCAAGUAAAUAGAAGGCAGGAUUUAAACCUAACCUUGUCUGGCUCUGAAGACCAUGCUUUUCCAUUGUGCUCUCUCUCUCCAAACAUAUGCUUCAAAGAUAUAUUUAGAUUUAUUUAGACCUUUCCAAUCUAGAUGCCAGAGUAGGAACAUUGACACUAUUUCUCAACCUUGGACCCCCAGCCUUCUAAGGGUCAAGGAAAUUAGUAAAAAAGUGGUCAUUAGCUAUGGUCAUUUUUUUUUAAAAAAAUCUAAUAAUAUGUUUACCUAUGGAAAGGCUGAGCAAGCAAACUAAAAAUUCUUGAGUUUUUGCCUUUGGUUGGAAUUACAUUAACUCAGGGCAUUGUCCUCAGUCAUUUCAUGUGAUCAAAGGUGACUGCAGUUAAAGAGAUGUGUAUUUGAUUAACUUUUUUUUAAGUAGGAAAACUCUUUGGUAGACUAACUAAAAGGAUGGCCUGCUUGGCCAGGCACAGUGGCUCACUCUGGUAAUCCUAGCACUUUGGAAGGCUGAGGUGGGAGGACUGCUUGA